GUGUGUCCAUGGAGAUCUCUGUAUUUUAAUUAUUAUUGAGAAUGAUGAUGAAUGGAACAAAGAAGCAACUUAGACUGAGCGACUAUGACAUCUCAGAGAGGACUGGGUUUCUCCCACCCAAUCCUCCACUCAGAAGAUUGCCAGGAGAGUAUUUCUCGUCAUGGGAAGAUACUUGCAGCAAGAUCCCAGCCCUCAUCGAGAGCAAGCAGCUACGAGCUGAGGUUGAUGCCCUACCAGAGAGACAGUUCAAUAAAGAAACACUCAAGUGUGAAGAGGAAUGGCAGAGAGCUUAUAGUUUACUGACAUUCUUGAGUCAAUCCUACAUUUGGGCAGAGGGUGAAGCUGGAGUGAUUGACACACUUCCAAAGAAACUGGCCAUACCUUGGUAUGCUGUGUCUGAGCAUCUUACAUUGAAGCCAGUGGCUACAUACGCCUCCACCCUUCUCUACAACUACUGUCUACGUGACCCUAAUGGUGGAAUGACUGCUGACAAUUUGGAAGCUGUCUUCACAUUCUCUGGCACGAAAGACGAAUCAUGGUUCUACAUGAUGUCUGGACUUGUGGAAUUAGCAGCUGUUCCUGGGCUUAAAGCCAUUGAACAUGCAUACAAAUCAAUGGAACAAGAACAAGACGAUUGUUUGGUGGUUGAUCUCGAAAACAUCACCAAGUCCAUUCUUGAGAUGACAGAAGCUCUCCAAAGAAUGUACGACCACUGUGCUCCACUCGUAUUUUAUCUUCAAAUACGACCGUUUCAGAGUGGAUCUAAAGGAAUUAAAGCGUUUCCGAAUGGUAUCAUAUACGAAGGUGUAGACUCAGAACCAAAGCUUUAUCACGGAGCCUCUGCAGGUCAGAGUACAUCUGUACCAUCAUUUGAUGUAUUCCUGAGAGUCGAGCAUACUGGAUCAGAGCAAGAGUUUUUGCACACCAUGCGUGAGUACAUGCCAAGAAAACACAAGGAGUUCCUCGAGGCCUUGGACCAGCUGCCCUCUGUCAGGGACUAUGUACUGCAAUCCAAGAAUCCUGAACUGUCAAAGAACUACGAUCUUGCAGUGGAAGCGUUUAGUGCAUUUCGAAGUGAGCACAUUGUUCUAGUAACACGGUACAUUGUUAUGCAGAGGAGACACAGUGUUAAUGCCAGCUUGGACAUGACUGGCACUGGAGGCACGCCUUUCAUGGUCCUCCUCAAGCAAGUGAGAGAUGACACUUUAGCAUUGAAGCUCUAAAUGUUUGACUUUUUUGUACUGUUUCUGUGUGCUGUAAUUCUUAUUGAAUAUUUAUGGUUUAUGUUUGCAAACAUUAUAAUAAAUUUUUUUUUAUUGUG